UUCGUUUUGCUUCCUCAUCGUAAAUAUGGCGGCGGAUCUGAAGGCGGUCUUGACAAAUUUGCUAGGUAAUCUUUCUCGAAGCCGUUCCCCGGCGUCGCUAACGGAAGCGAAAACUAUCUUAAGUGCGACCCGAAUUGAGAAUAUAUACAAUGUAUCUAAAGACUUGGACCUCAGCCCGCUGUUCAGCUGCCUGGAAACGUUUGAAGGGGAAGACCUGGAAGAGUUGAACGACCUACUGGGGAAGUUGCUGGACUCUUUCCCGCCGCAGACGCUUCUAUCGGCACACAAGGACCACCUUGUAGGAGCUCUGAAGAGUCCGUCACCAUCUGUGAGAGCCGUCGUGCUACGCCAGCUGAUCCGAUGCACAAAGGACAACAGCACCCUGUCCCAGCUGUCGCGCAGCAGGAGCGUCUUGGAGUCCCUGCUGAGGCUGCUGGGGGAAGAGGACCUGUGGGCCUCCAAGCAGAGUGCCCUCAUCCUUAGGGAAGUGGCCAGGGAGAAAGAGGCGCUCAGCGCCCUGCUACAGCCGCCUGUGGCACUCAUUCUGGAUGAUGUCAUGGGGCGCGGCGAUGUCUUUCGCUUCAGGGUCUUUGAGGUGUUCGUGGACAUAGCCAAGGCAUCUCCGGAGAUGCUGGAGAAGCUGGCUGAGAGUGGUCACCUUGACAAGCUGCUCCAAGAGACGAACCAGGGGGACGUCCUGGUGCGGCUCAAUGCCCUGGAGCUCUUGACGGAGCUGGCCUCCAAGAGCCAUGGCCUGGACUACCUUGAGAAGAAGGGAAUCUUGGCGAAAUUGAGCAGCGAGACAAUCAACGUGGCCAAGGACCCACUGGGAAGCCUCCUUGGACCUGGCCUGCUGAAGUUCUUCGGCAGCAUGGGACAGACCAGCCCCCAGCGGCUGUUGGUAGACUACCCGCAAGUGCUCGGCUUCAUCUUUGAGUGCGUCCAGGACGGCGACUCGGCCAGCCAGGCCGUGGCGGUCGAGACCAUCGGUGUCAUUGGUUCCAGUGUCCAGGGGAAGCGGGCACUGCGGUCGCACGGUGAUAAGAUGAAGCAGUAUCUGAAGACCCUGAGUCAAAACAUUCAAGGAGGAAGGAGCGAGCUUCGUGUGCGGUCCCUGGAUGCCCUGGCCAACAUACUCCACAUAGAGGACGAUUCCUGCGAGGACAUCAUCCGCCUGACGGAGCAGUGGUACGACGCCUUCGGCGAAGCCCCCACCAGGCUCCUGCUGGGCGUCUGCAAGCAGCCCUUCCCGGACCUCCGUUGCUCCGCCCUGGGAGUGGUCUGCGAGGUGGCCCACAGCCCGUGGGGCCAGGCCGCUUUGGCCAGCCACCCGGGCUUCCUGGAGUACCUGCUCGAUCGCUCCACAGAGUCCGACAAGGAAGGCAAGGAGGCCAAGUUUGCCAUCGUGGCCGCGCUCGCGCAGUGUCCGUCCCAACCUCGGGGUUUCUCGUCGGAAGACUGGCAGAGGAUCAGGACCGCCCACAAGGAAGGGCCGUUUUACGUCGCGGCUGAGGCAGCCGUCGCUUUCGAGGGCUCCUCGUGAAGAAAGUGGAGUCGCCGAAGUACACUUGCAUCUUUUUGUCGCCUCGGCGUUGUUCCGUUGUGCAUGCAUACUCGGAACGUGAAAGAGUGUUCUUUGCAGACGAGUAAAGAAACGUGCAAGAAAACGUCAUAGAGGAUGUCCUUCGUUGCUGGGUUUAGACUCUACACACUGCCGUCCUAAGAUCGGUUUGCGUUACAUGCCUAAUUAAUUGAAGGGUAGAGGCAGUAAUAUUACCAUUUUAAUGCUUCCAAUUGUGCCUUUUGGCACGCUGAUCUGGAUUGAAUCAGGCGAGGAUACAUACUGUGCCCCCGUCUAUAGCGCAAUUUUAAGCUUAGAUUAAAGGGACAUGCCAAAACAAACAGCCUAGCAUUUGAUCUGCGGACCGAGAAAUUUGUGCGUGCCUACACUAAAGAGUUUCCGACACCUUUCUAGAUAUGUUCACAUAUCUUUGUCUUUACCAGUACCGAAGAGACUACUGUACUCUGUUUCACAAUAACUUGGCGAACUGUGGAGGCUACAGCUCCUGCGACCCAGUAAGAACAUUGGAGCAAGGCACAUGGCAGCACGUCAUGGCAGCGUUUGUGUCGCUGCGCCAAAUGUGCGGCCCGGCCAGUGGAACCAGCUGUCGUCUGCAGCGAAACCAAACAACUUCGGAUGAACGUCCACUGCCGCAACAUUGCCGUUCACUAAAGUAGCGAGCCCUUCAGGAACACUUCAUGGCUGCAAUCGUUCAAAAGCCACGUUUUUCUCAAAAAAGUGUUGAUCCGUAUUAGGUGUCGUUGAAAAGUAACAUGUCUUAGUUUUUUUUCCGUGUCAUGCAGCGUUGCAAUCAGAAGUGUUCGAUGGCAACACUACUCAAAGAAAAAGAAGCAUAGAACUACCUCUUGUCGCGGACGGCGCUGUUGCUGUAGCAGUAUAGCAGUAAUGAGGCCUCCGUAGCCUCAACGAUGGAGUGUUGUCACGUGCCUUGCUCUAACGCUCUUGUUCGGUCGCGGGGGCCGCAGUUUUCACAGUUCGCUAAGUUAUCAUGAAACAGAGUAUAAUCCACAAAGCAAAAUACAAUUACACUAGGAAAAGCAUUGAAGAGCGAUGCUUUAAAAAGAUACAGCAAACGUGAAAGUUAAAGGUAAUAAACCUACCACUAAAGACAUAACAUUGAACUCGUAGAAAAGCUAACAAUGUUGCUUCCUGGAUUUUGAUUAAAAGAUGAGAGUUGCGGAAUCAACCUUUUAGCAGCGUUUGCUUUUUUGCCGCAAAGUUUCCGUUAGAUCAAGCAAAGCUUGCAUGGCACGAUUUUUAAAAGUAUGCCUGCGGAUUGGGUCUUCUGGGUAAGGCAUACGAGGGGCGUUUAUGAAGUUUGUAUUAUUACCACGAAGCAAGAGAUGCAGUCAUGAAUGUCGGCGAUAAGGAUAGUGCAUCUCCACACAUGCAUCAUACGAGGCAACACACUUCUUCCAUCGAUUGAUGAGCUGGGAGACACACUGGUUGUAAAAGUCCUAAUUUUUGGCCCUUGAAAAAGUGUUCCACCUCGUCAUCGUCACGCUCGCAAUGGGUUCUUCAUGAGAGGAGGCAGUCGCUAGGUGCCAGGGUAGGUAAAUACGGGGGCGGAAUUUCUCUGCCUAAAGCUGUCGCGUGCGUCAACGUCUGCUGCUGCAAAUGAGCCUGUGCGUUGUGGUGGAGCAAAUGCAAUUCUUUUGAUCAGCUUCCCGCAACGCUUGAUGACCUCCCGUUUCCUAGUCAGGAGGCCUCGGUAAUCCUUGAGGCUGUUUGGCGCUAAUCAUCACCUUCCCCGAUGACGGAUCCGCCUUGUCCUUUUUUUGGUGGUAUCGAAUUUGCGUGCUUCCACUGUUCGCUUUGUUUCUUAGCCUCGGGGUCAUAUUGGUGCACCGAAUACUCAUCCAUGGUGUAGGCAACGAAUGGAGUCGUCGGGGUCAACUUGUCUUUGCAUGGGCCCAAGCAGUCACAGAACUUAGUGGGCGGGGAUUUUCAUGUGAAAAUCUUUGGGCAUGUACAAAUCAUUGGGCAUUGCGAGAUAAACCUUUCGAAUGUGCCGAGACUACAGGAACGUGGGCUGGCCUCAAAGCACAGAGUUUGGCGAUGAUUUCUUUUUCUCUGCUGCCAAUAAUGCAGACUUUUUAAAUGCAGCUUGACAAUGUGGAUGCUUGGGCUAGUUGGUAAUUCAUGCUUGGAUAGAACAGCGCAGAUAUAGAGUUGCACUCACAGGCACACAAGAAGGAAACAGCGCUGCGAGUCUGUUUCCUUCUUGUGUGACUGUAUAUCCAAGCUGUUCUAUCCAAGCUUUUUAAAUGCCCCCCAUAUUUGUACAACUGAAUUUCCCAUGUUUACAAUUUAAUAGUUGGAGUUCAAGAACACAAUUUUAUUGUAAAACCUUUCCAAAAGAUACGCAGGACAAAUAAAAUUACUGCCUUUGUGUCAACAAAUAUGGCAAAUAUCACAAAGAGGAUAAAGUUGGUUGUCACCUUUGGCACGUGGUAUUGAGUAGAAAGUAAACUUUAAAAGUGAGAUAACCUUGCAGUGUAAAAAACCGCAUUGCUCCAAAAAGUAAGAAGUGUUUUGAUCUGUUUUUAAGUAAGUCUUCUGUGUUCGGAAUGCUCGUUACUCGGUGCUGAAGCUGCAGUGGACACCAAAUUGUUUUUGGAAAAGACAA